AAUCGAUCCCAUUAUUGAAUUCGUAAAGGAAAGACGCUCCUUCUCUCAUGGUUCCACCCAAAACACACUCUUUUCAAACUCUCCAAUCACAAAUUUCAGUGGGAAAUGCCUGCCAUCAUCACUUGGGGUUGUCUUCUUUCAGUGUUUCUCCUUGCCAGCAGUGUUGAUUGUGGCAAAGGGUAUCCAAAUUUGCAGCAGCAGAAACUGGAUGAAGUCUUGGAGUUGCCAGGCCUGGGCUUCAAUGUCAGCUUUGCCCAUUUCUCUGGGCAUGUCACUGUGAACCAGGAGUCUGGCAGAUCUCUCUUUUACUGGUUCUUUGAGGCUGUGGAUGACCCAUCUUCCAAGCCUCUUGUUCUUUGGCUCAAUGGAGGGCCUGGAUGUUCAUCAAUUGCAUUUGGGUUGGGUGAGGAAGUUGGGCCUUUUCAUGUUGAGAAAGAUGGGAAGACCCUGUACUGGAAUCCUUACUCUUGGAACUUAGUUGCUAAUCUGUUGUUCAUCGAUUCUCCUGUUGGGGUCGGUUAUUCGUAUUCGAACACUUCAUCUGAUCAUCUUAACAAUGGUGAUAAAAGGACAGCCGUGGAUUCCUUAGAGUUCUUACUGAAAUGGUUUGAAAGGUUUCCACAAUACAAAGGAAGGGAUUUUUAUCUCACCGGAGAGAGCUAUGCUGGGCAUUAUGUUCCUCAGCUAAGUCAGGCCAUUGCGAGGCACAAUGCUAAUGCAAAGGACAAUGUGAUCAACUUAAAGGGUUUCAUGGUUGGAAAUGCUUUAACAGACGACUACCACGACCAUUUGGGCCUUUUCCAAUUCUUGUGGGCUUCUGGUCUGAUUUCUGAUCAAACAUUCAAGCAAGCAAACCUUUUGUGCGACUUCCAAUCGUUCGUUCACCCCUCAGAGAAAUGUGAUGAGAUAUUAGACAUUGCAAGUGCAGAAUAUGGAAAUAUUGACCCUUACAGCAUAUUUACACCAACCUGCACCACAAAUGUUAGCAUAAUGAACAGCAUAUUUAAAAGAAGUGAUAAGGUAGGUCUGCUGAGAAGAAGCUAUGAUCCCUGCACAGAGAAACACUCAACUGUCUACUUCAACCUUCCUGAAGUUCAAAAGGCUCUUCAUGUUCAUACCCGAAACUCUUCAUUUAAAUGGAUAACUUGCAGUAAUGAGGUAUAUGAGUCUUGGAAGGAUUCUCCUGGGACUGUGUUGGAUAUCUAUCAUGAACUUAUAAGUUCCGGGCUUCGCAUUUGGGUGUUCAGUGGCGAUACAGAUGCUGUGAUCCCUGUCACGUCGACGCGUUAUAGCAUUGACGCUCUCAAACUCCCCACUAUUAGUCCUUGGCGCGCUUGGUAUGAUAAUGGACAGGUCGGAGGAUGGACGGAAGAAUAUGAAGGGCUGACAUUUGUUACUGUUAGAGGGGCAGGCCACGAAGUCGCUCUCCACAAACCCAAACUCGCUCUCACGCUCGUCCAGUCUUUCUUAGCAGGAACCUCAAUGCCCCGGCUGCAACGUAUCAGCUACUUGUGAUCCUUUCGUUCUCCCAAUGCGACUUUGUGCACGACUUGCUUUUUUUAUUGAAAGAAUAUUGGAUCGUAAACAUAGAAAUGCAAGAAAAUGUUUGGCAUUGAGUCUGAAAAUGUGAUGAACAGAUACUACAUUAUAAUAGAUUCUUAUGAUGGAUGCAAACCACAUUCCUCAACUGUAUCAUAUGCUCAAUAAUAGAAGAUUUAUGUCCUUGGUCCUUGGACUAAAUUUUUUUUCCAUCU